AAAGUGAUCGACAGUAAGUCUCACCAAUUGCAAAGCAAUCUUUUAGUUUCGAGUGUUUAUGUAAGAAAAUAUUCUGUCAUUGGGACAAUCAUAGCAACAGUGACUUCAUUUUGGCAUACAAGAGAUAAAACAAGGAUGUUCUUUACUAACGACACGUUUUUCAAGUAUAACAACAUAGUUUACAUGAACAUCUAAAAACGAUAACAGUAUAAUACAAGCCAUAUAGACAAGGAGAUAGGCCCACAUAUAAAACAUUUCAACGGAUUUAUUUAGGCUAUUAAUCUGGUAGUCUAAAUGCUUCGAUUUUUUGAGAGAUGUCAUCAGCACCUUGCUAAAAGACUGGAUAUGGUGAGCUGAAGGCUACACACACUAAAUGGACAGGAUUAUGGAAACACUGUCUUUUCUCCGUAUCUCCAAAUCGGUGGUGAGUCCAACGGCGUUUUACUCCCAGUGACACAAAAACCCCAGCCGUCAGCAAAUUUAGAGAGGUUGGGAGUGUUCUCUCGAAGUGCGCCCUCUGUUCCUCGGGUUGUGCAUGACAAGGAAGUUCGCCUCAUCCGAGACUGAGGGCGUGAGGUUCCACAACUGUUGACCGAAGGUUCUUUUCAGAGUCACGGCGCUACCGCUGCUCCUUGGCCAUUAUGAGAGGGAGCCAUUCAUGCAGCAUGUUGUUUUAUUGUGAGGACAGUCUGGAUUCUCCAGAUGUGCCAUCAUUUGAUACGAUCUGUCUUGCUCAAGUUUUAUAUAACUGCCCUCAUGAAAAUCAGAUUAAAUAAUUGUGAUUUUUAUUAACUUGGUUUAAAACUUCUACACGUAUGUAAAAGAUAAAUUGAUGAAACUGAGGAUACCUUUUCAUAAACAUGUAGCUAGGGGAGAAGGUCUGUAAUCUGGAGAUAUCAGAACCAUGAUGGUAGGGUCUUCUAUGAUUUACCCAUUUAAAAAAUAGUUGUCUAUAUACAUGAAAUAACAUGCAUUAUGCAAGAAUUCUGACGUUUCAUCUCAUUUAAUACCACAUUUCUCGACUUGAUCAGAUAGAUUAGCGCCUAGCAUUAUUGGCUCCUAGCAUCACUGGAAAAGGUGAGUCCUGUUGUGAGUUACCCUUCAAGACUGAAGGCUGAACACAUGUGCGAAUUGCAGAGGUCGAGAUGCAGGGAUGUGAACACAGGCCAAUACAUUAACAAAGAUUAUAACUUUGCUUAUAUUUGAUGUGUUUUAAAAAAAAAAAAAAAACCUGAUCACUCUAAUUGCAUUGAUGCACAAACAAGUGACUCUCAUUGCAAUGUAUACAUUCUGCUCUAGGCUACGUCUUCCGACGUGUGUUCUGUGUCCAAGCAGUCUGGACAUGAGUAAUUGAGCCAAACUAAAGGGUGUGGAGAUGGGCGCAGAGAUGAAAGCAGUUUAUGAUUGUGGAGAAAUCAUUCAUGUUAUUAAAAAAAAGCAGAUUGCUCGACCAUACUUCGUUGCAUAAACUAGCAGCUCGAAAAGGGCAGUUCCUGCAGUUUACUUUGAUAUGCGAUUCAGGAGGAGGCAUCGAGUAGGCCUAGUACUUGGAGAUAAAUUUAACCGUGAGGUGUGGUUUUGCAGGUUUGCUUAACGCAGGCUGCGUCCAGCGGAUUAACACGUUUAGGCGCGCACGAGUCACGACUCCACAGAGGGACACAGGUGCAGACGAACUCCUCAGCCAUCUGAUGUAGACUCGUUUCCAGGAAAUAUGAAUCAUUCCUAAAAUCAGACGUAUCCAAAAUAUCGACUCAAUGGCUCCACUUGGAAUGGUGCAUAGUAGGCUAUCUGUUGGCGCAGGGCACGGACAAAUACAUCUGCACUCUGACCACUCCAAGAUUACCCCUGUCCAACUUCUCAAUUCCACGGAGGGACUUCACCGUCAGCAGAGCCCUUUCACGCCAAAAUCAGCAGCAUAAUUUAAUGGUAGGCUAGUCCAUGGGUAUACAGAGCUCGGCUGAGAUCACCCCACCCUUUUCCUCUCCCAUGUAUAGAACAGGCAGGCGUGAAAUAGAAACACGCUCAUCGCGCCCUAUUCAUUUUUAUUUUUCUGGAACAAUUAAUAGUUACAGGCUUACUUGACAGUGCGCGUGCGUUUAAUCUGUCCGCGCCCGUUUGACCACAGAGCACGUCUGGCCAGUGCGCGCAGCUCUAACUGAGAGCGUGCAUUUCCAUCCAUCUUUUCAUGAGAACGAGUCCGUUACCGCCGCUGACCGACGGUUACGGGCUCGAGUUGUUACUAAAAAAAAGUGAUCAAAGAUUACUUCUGUAAAAAAAAAAAAAAAAAGAAUCUGGUAUUGUUUGCCCUUCUGUCGUCUUUUUCAAUGCACAGGGAGUUUCUGUGUUGAAGUUUAGACCAAUACAUUAUGUCACCUGCGUUAUUUGUGUAAACGGUCAGAAAUGGCCAGAAAAAGGAUUAUGUAUGCAUAUUAACAGGUCAUCUAGGCUGCUGUUUGCCUGUCUCUGCCUGAUUGUUCGACUUCGGCUAUUUAAAACAUCACUGGUUAGUUAUUAAAAGUAAUCACGGCAUUAGUGUAGGCCUUAUACAGCUCUACAAUAAGUAAUUUAAUAACAACAGACAUUGAAAAUAUUAUUCAGAUGUGACCAAUAGUGUCUGUAAUUGAGCUUACUGGCCCAGAUGAUCGAGACCAAACAUCAUUCUCAAAUAAAAAAUGUGGACGAGCAUCCUCAUUCAGUUGAAAGAGUCCAUUGAUAUCGAUGUGUGACUGUUGCGUGGAGAGGGCGAGCGCUAGGACCCUGGGCGCGCAGCUGCGUUCACUGUAUAAAUAAGCGAGUUAAUCAGCAGGCUGUCAGUGUCAGAGCAGGGACCUCCAACCAACACAAGGUGUGCGAGUGGACGCUAAACUUUCACGGCACCACAGGCAGAGUAUCCCCGUACACCCUCGGUCAGGCUUCCAGUCACAGUCCGCCCGUGGCGCAUCGACCUGUCCCUGCUCCAGCGCUCCUACGGGUCUUCUCCGUGCCUGUUCCUCUAGCCAGCGCGGCUGACUCUGGUACUGCUACAAGCUGGAUUCCCGGAGCUCAUCACCAUGUCUGGCGGGCUAUAGAUACUCCAUGGAGCAGCCGAACCUGUACGAGGUCGCCCCACGACCCCCCCUGCCCAGCCUUGGACAGAACCAGCAAAGCGCCUUCUGCUACAAAGACCAGUCCAGCGCCUCCGCCGGGGACCUCAGCGAGGUGUACGAGAACGAGAACUCCAUUGACAUAGCUGCCUACAUCGACCCUGCAGCUUUUAACGACGAGUUCCUCGCCGACUUAUUUCACAACAGCUCCAAACAAGAGAAACUCAAGAUGGCAAGCGGAGACUACGACUACCCGCACGGCGUUCAAGGCGCUUCGGGACAGUCGCAACAGGCGUACGGCUGCAUGGCAUACAUGGACGCCAAGCUGGAGCCCAUCUACGACAACCCGCCCCCACGCAUGAGACCCCUGGCGAUUAAACAGGAGCCUCGGGAAGAGGACGACCUCGGCCACGCGAUGCCACCUACUUACCACCACUCUCAGCUGCACUCGCAGCAUCUGCCUCACCUGCAAUACCAAAUAGCGCACUGUGCGCAGACUACCAUGCACCUUCAGCCGGGCCACCCCACGCCCCCCCCGACCCCUGUCCCGAGCCCGCACCACCAGCAGAGCGGGCUUCCCGGCGGGGGAAUGAAGAUGAUGGGCUCAAGUGACCGGGGGAAGUCCAAGAAAAAUGUCGACAAGAGCAGCGUCGAGUACCGCCUGCGGAGGGAGCGGAACAACGUCGCCGUGAGGAAGAGCCGGGACAAGGCGAAAAUGCGCAACGUCGAGACGCAACACAAGGUGAUAGAGUUGUCGUCGGACAACGAUAGACUACGGAAACGGGUGGAGCACCUCAGCCGGGAACUGGAGACUUUACGAGGUAUCUUCAGACAGCUGCCCGACGGCUCGUUCGUCAAGUCUAUGGGGAACUGUGCCUAGGAGAGGACUUUGGAACUUGUUGGACUAAUAGUGGUCGGGCGGUGGGUAACGGACGGCUGGAUAAACUCACCGUGGUAGACCUUUAAACCUUUUAAACUCUGUUUAAAAAAGCCAGGCAGCUGUUGGUGUAUGUAUGUGCCUUUUGUACAAAACGAUAAGCUCAUCUCCACACUUUUAAACAGUGGACUAAUUAUUGUGUUGCGUCCUGUGUCAGAAUGUGUGCUUGCUCCGCUGAACUGUAAGUGGAGCUGAAGUAGGAGUUCAAGUCGUAUCUCAACAGUAGAUCUCUACAUAUGCCUUCCUGCCAAACUGUACCUUCAUUGCUGGAGCUGUUGAAUUGUGGCGUGCACAAGGCUUCGCCUUUAUUGUGUAAUACAGAAGGCGGUAUGAUUUUCUUAUGUCAGUAAUAUCUUGUCAUUUUUUUUGUCUGAGUCUGAGUCUGAUGGACGAGUUCACAAAAAAACACCGGUCACCAGAAAGCAACAGUCGUUUACUGUGGUAAUUGCCCAGUCGUACCAGCAGGUUUUGUAUGCACUAAAUGUCAUCCAAAACGACCAAGUGAAGCACAUUUAGACAACCAUAUAAGUUCGGGUACUGAUCUCUCGGGUGUCUGCUACACCAAGCCCAGCCCUGGUUCGAUGCUGAAUAAAUGCAUCAAAAUGUGAAAGAAGUCGUGGCGUAGCUUGUCCUGUCAGUUUGAUUUCAGACAUUUAAUCGUGCUUUGCCUCUCAUGUCGCAGAGAAUUGCGGUUUAAUGCCGCGUGUGUGUAGUUCAUUUGAUCAGAUCUGUAUUUUUGUAAGAAUGACAUCGAGUGCCUUGUCUGUUCUCUGCACACACGUCUAGCCUGGGUGCUUUCUGUCAUUUGAAACAUUCUCAGCCAUGAGAGAAGCACUUUUUCUACCAAUGCCAUAUUGUUGAAUGGUGUAUAAUAAAGUUACUUUUGAAUUGUAAAAUGAACUUUAUGUAUUGAAAAGUAUAAUAAAAGAACUAUUCCUCUUAUAUAAA